AUGACAGAAAAAUAUAAAUUGAUUUAUUUUAAUGUAACGGGAUUAGCAGAACCGAUUCGUUAUUUGUUUGCUUAUGGUAAAAUUCCCUACGAAGAUUGUAGAUUAGAAUACGAAGAAUGGCUACGUUACAAACCAGAAACGCCAUUCGGACAAAUUCCUGUUUUAGAAAUAAAUGAUAAACCGAUUAAUCAAUCCGUUGCCAUUUGUCGUUACCUCGGUAAACGUUUAAAUUUAACCGGAAGUUCCGAUUGGGAUUCUUUUCUUAUUGAUUCCGUCGUCGACACUAUAACGGAUUUUCGACUAAAGGAAAAAGAAUCAAAGUUGAAUGAAAUUAAAAAUGUACACAAUCCAUAUUAUUUAGAACGUUUGGAAAAAAUAGCAUUGAAAAAUGGCGGAUAUUUUGUUAACAAUCAAUUAACAUGGGCAGACAUAUUUUUCUCAGGACUUUCUGAUCUUUGGAUCAAACUAAUUAAAGAACCGAUUUUAAUGUCUUAUCCAACACUUAAAUCAUUAAAAAUGAAAGUUGAAUCCGAACCAAAUAUAAAAACUUACCUCGAUAAAAGACCUGAAACCGUUUACUGA